UACCGUAUGGCCUUCUGGACGUCAUGCACAGCUCAGCAGUGUGUUAUCACUAAGGGCCAUCACAUGGUCGGGCCUGUCUGGAUCUACACCAGUGUAGCAGUCCACUGAUACAGUAAUGGAGGUAAGAGAUGGACCACGGAGACCAACUCAGUCUCAAUAUAUGUCUAAAAGAACCAAGAAGUUUGUUCGACGUUUCGUCAGGGGAUUCGCAAGCGGUUUGGCGCUGUAUUCGGGAUUUAAAACUGUCACGGCACUCACGAAAAAUCCGUUCCGGCGCGGUCUACCGCUGAUCCCUGGACAGAUCGUGAGCUCGGACUGCGCCAGGUUCGCCACGUUCCUAGGUUUGUAUCCCAGUGUGUACCACCUUGCUGUCGACCUCCUCAAGAAAUACAGAGGAAUCAAUGAUGGAUGGAACUACGGACUUGCAGGGGGCUUGGCCGGCCUCACCAUCAUCGUUGAAGACCACAGCAGGAGAAGCGUGGUGGCUUUAUUCGCUGUGGCCCGAGCACUAGGAGCUGGGGUAUCGACUCUAGUGACCCGUGAACACGUCCGGAAGGUGCCUUACAGUGAAACAAUGGCCUUCUGUUUAUGUUGCGGCUUCCUAGUGUAUUGUACGGCCUUGAGACCCAGUGUUCUUGCCAAAGGGUAUUACCAUUCGAUCUUGAAAUGGUCACGUGACUACACGGAUACGAAACUGGACUUACUGUUCCGGUUGCCCAGUGACCAUUUCAUAUCCUGUCAGGAAGGGGGUCUACACGCAGACUCGUGCACUCGACAUGCAUUCUGGGAUUUCCUGUGCAGUCUCUCAUCUUUUGUGAAGCUCUACUUGCCUAUCCAUGUCACUCCAAUUGUCAUCUUUCGCCGCCACCUCAUAGUGGAGAAACCUAAAGUCGUCAUAUUGUCGCUGUUGAGGAAUCUGGUCAUGUCUGGUGCUUUCCUGUCAACAAUGGUUAUGUUGGCCAAGUACGUCAUAUGUCUCCAACGCAACUUCAUCCGGAAGCCCCCUCCAUUACCUCCCUUUGUCCCAAUCGUAGCCGGCUUCGUGUGUGGUCUCGGGGUGUUGUUUGAGAGGGAGAGUAGACGGAAGGAGCUGGCCUUGUUCCUCGUUCCCCAUUCCCUGCAUGCUCUGUACAAUAUGGAGGUCAAGUCCAAGGUGAAGGUCCUAUCUCGGAUUCCCCAGGGCUACGUCCUGUUGUACUCCCUGUCUAUGAUGGUGGUUAUGCAUGCGUAUGAACGCCACCCAGAGUCGCUCACUCCUCUCAUCAACGGACUAUUGCGUUUCUUUGUUGGUGGACGAAAAUGUGACGGCAAGAAAGCAAAAGAAGUAUAAUAUGAGUCCGGGUAAUGUAUCGGCCUUCCUGGUUUUAACACGUGUUCAGUGGCUUUGUCUGGUUGUUUAGUUUACUGGAGUCUGAAGAAGUGUUAUGGUGAGGUUACAGGGUCCCACUCCACACAGCAAUCUUGGAGCUGCGACAACCGUACGUCCAUGUCAACAUACGAGCGGUAUAACAAUAAAGAUCGCUUUGUCUAACUGUGUCA